ACACAGCAGACGCAGGACGUAAAGCUUGACAUCAUUUCUCCUCAGUACAUGCAAUAGUGGGUUCUGCGUUUACUCGCCCACAGUCGGUAGCGGAGAGCAGGGCGGUUCUUUUGCAAAACUGGGUAUUCAUUAAAAUGAGGAUUAAAAUCUGAGCAGAAAGGCUGAACAGAAAGGAAGUGAACCUGCUUCGUCAUCUGACUCAUUUGCUUUCCUGUUUUGAACAUCGAGAAAUAUCAUGCCUGUCACCUUUUAGCAUGUUCCACUGUGAGAACUUGUGCUUUGACUUUGCAAAAUCAUGAAAGGACGGAGAGACAGAACGAGGUCAUAAUGUACUGAAUAGCCUUUAAGAUCCAGUCAUGAACUCAAUUGAUUAUUGAAGAUCAUGUCAUUUCCCACCUCACAUGCCAUUUUGUUUUUGUAAAGCAACUCCUUACAGACCAUAAAACCCACAAUCCAUUUGGCAGGAAAUAGCCAGACGUGAAUUCCGGUUACUGUGGUGGUUCUUUAAAAUCUUUUCCUCCUGAAAAUCCACCCUGAGGUUUAGUCUGCCUUAACCAUGAUGUCUAGAAGAAAACUGUGCUUAGGCGCUUUACUGGGUGCUAUUCUGUUUUUAAUGAUAGCUGCUCACACCAUUCAGAAGGCCGGUGUUGUGCCCAUCACGGAUUUACCCACUCACCAUGAUGUCAGGAUACCAGUGAAGAACCAGACUCUGUUACACCCCGUCACUGAGCCAAGACGAGGUCAUUCCUGUAGCUGUACAUCAUGUAUAGCAGACAGAGGUGUGUCAGAGUGGUUUGACCAACGCUAUGAUCAGAAACAGAAACCUUACCUCACCGGCAGAGAUGAUGACGUAGAUCCACUUUCUCUGAAGUGGUGGCUGUCUCUGCAGGCAUCUGAUGGAACGAUUAAAGACGUCACUCAGAAGAUGUUUAAGAUAAUUUCCCCUCCACAUGAGGAUGAAACACCACGGCAGAACCAGUGCCGGAAGUGUGCAGUUGUUGGGAACUCGGGGAACCUGUUAAAGUCCAAAUAUGGAGCCUUGAUAGAUUCUCACUCAACAGUUAUUAGAAUGAAUAAGGCUGUAACUGUGGGUUAUGACGAGGAUGUUGGUAACCGAACCACCCACCACUUCUUGUACCCAGAGAGCGCCAUCAAUCUAAGACCUGGAGUCCAUCUCGUCCUUCUUCCCUUCAAGCUGAAAGACAUGCAGUGGUUGUCCAGCGCCCUUUCUACUGGAGAGAUUAAAAUGACGUACAUGAGAGUGAAAAACCGUAUAGACGCUGAUAAAGACAAGGUGAUGGUCGUAAAUCCAGCUUUCUUUAAGUACACACACGACAAGUGGACAGAGCGUCAUGGAAGAUACCCGUCCACUGGGAUAGUAGCCAUAAUAUUUGCUCUGCAUCUCUGUGACGAGGUGUCAGUGUUUGGAUACGGGGCGGACGCUCAAGGAAAUUGGCACCACUAUUGGGAGUACAACAGAUACGCAGGUGCCUUUCGAAAAACAGGCGUUCACAAUGCUGAUUUCGAGACUGAGAUCAUUCAGAGACUCAGCGCAGAGGGCAAAAUCAAGCUGUACAGAUGAGCCUGUAAUUGUGGCCUUUACUGACUCGGUAGUGCUUAAAGCCUUGUAAAUGCAGGGCCUGGAUGCGCAGCAGCUGAACGAAAGCCAAAGAGACGCAGAUCUGUGAUCCACCCUGCCGAUAAUUGACCACUGUGAACUGCACUGAACCAAACCCACAGACAUCAAGCUGUAGUCCAAGACCAAAUGAACUCUUACAGUAUUUCACUCGUUAUGUGCCUGGAAAAAGCUAAAAUACUGACAGAUGUUGCCUUUCUUCCCAAGUCGGGCAUUGGAACUUUUGAAGAAGACGAGCAGUUAGCCUGUUGGCUUGAUCUGAGCCUCUUUGUGUUUCUUUCUUAUUAAAUGUGUUCUGACAAGC